AUGGCCAGUGUGGUGAUAUUGUGGUACUUUGGUUUAGGAUUUGUGAUAUGUGAUCUGUCUAGAAGAGUGAAUGCUGACAAAGUAAUCAUGUCCGGCUACGGAGAUGACAAUCAAUCUGGUGGCUACGGCGAUGAUCAGCAGAGUUGUUACGGAAGCCAAAAUACUGUUACUCAAUCUGGUGAUUAUGGCAGCACCAGCAGAGAUAACACAAGCAGUGGUUUUGGUGAUGAUGACACUUCUGCUACUGAUACGUAUGGUAGCACAAGAAAGGAUAAUACAAGUACCGGUUUCAAUGGUGAUGACACUUCUUCUGGUGAUGCAUAUGGCAGCAGGGGAGCAGACAAUACAAGCAGCGGAUUCGGUGAUGAUAAUACCUCAUCUAGCGAUGCGUAUGGCAGUGCUAGAAAAGAUAAUACAAGCAGUGGUUAUGGUGAUGAUGACACCACAUCUGGCGAUGUAUACGGCAGUACCAGAGAAGGUGACACGAGCAGCAGCUUCAACAAUGACAAUACAUCCUCAGGUGAUGCAUUUAGCUCUAGCAUUGGUGCCGGAGGCGACUCGUACAGUAAUGACAAGAUCGGUGGAUUUGAUGGGGUUAAGGCCAGCUCCACUGGAUAUGGUAAUGAUGUUACUGGUGACCGCAAUAUCCUGGGUGGAUAUGGAGGAGUAGAGAGUGAUUCUCAGUGUUUGGGUGGAAAUGAUGAUGAUGACAAUACAUCUAGUGGUUAUGGAGGCAAUAAGUCUGGCUUAGGAGGAAGAAAUGAUGACGAUGACACUUCUGGUGGUUAUGGAAAGAAGGAUUCGAGCUAUGGUUGUGACGAUACUACAUCUAGUGGAUAUGUAAAGAAGGAUUCAAGCUCAGGUGGCUAUGGUGGUGAUGAUAACCACACCUCCAGUGGUUAUAGAACAACAAAGUCUAGCUCUGGAGAUUAUGGCAAAAAUGAUGAGGCAACCUCGAGUGGAUAUGGUAGAGAUAAACCCAGCUUUACUGGAUUCGGAGACGAUGACCAAGGUGGACAAUUCUCAGGAUUGCAAAAGGGUCUGGAAAAGGCCAAGCAAUUGUUCUACAAGGAUUGA